UUAUCGAGGCUGCGCUUGAGGGAGCUCAUGCAUCACAUCAGAGCCGUCCUUCACUCACUCGUCCUUCUCCUCUAAAGCAGGCGUUCAUGCCAAAAUGGGAUGUGGGAAUUCCUCCGCCACCAGCACGACAGCAGGAGGUCCAGCAGAAGCUGCCAAGGAUUUGACAGAAGAACCUUCACCAGAUGAUGAGAAACGAAGGAACUAUGGAGGAGUGUAUGUGGGCCUUCCUGCUGAUCUGACCACAGUAGCUGCCAGCCAAUCAAAAUCCACACGUAAAGACUGAAAGCAGACCACAUGAAACGACAACGCUAAAGCCUCUUCAAAACCCAAGCUCUGCAGUCGCUGAUUUGCAACGGAUAUUCAGACGAUAUUCAAGGAUGGAAGCAAAUCCAGAAUGGGUCGGCACUUCGGAAUGACAUCACCGUGACAUCACACCGGCUGGCGUACAGAAGGGUUCUGUUCGGAACACUGAGCAUUAUUGUGACUAUGAAUGUAGACUCUGUUGCCAUGGUGACCGUCGACCCCCUUGACCUCUCAGUCCGCCAGGAGGACAUCCUGGUAUUUCGGAGUCACCAUGGCAGGGCAUUUCCCGAGUCUGUAGACCCAUCAGAUCCGAUCAACUGUAUGUCUCAUAACUGCAAUAACUGACUCUACUGAACCUAUUCUUUCAGUUUUGUUUUUCUUAGAAAAAAAGGAUCUGAAAAAGGAUGAUGUAAGUAUUUUGCAUACAGUAUGUAAGCACGAAAAAAUAAGAUGUUUAGCACUAACAUGACUAGAGCUGUUGACAUGACUACUAAUUAAUAUAUAGACUGUAGUUUUCUUAUACACUUUGAUAGUCACCUCACUAUUACAGUUAACGUAUUAAAAGCAUUUACUAAACGAAGAGUUCUAUUUAUUCUAUUUCAGGUUAUUGACCUGCGAUUGUACCAUUAACAUUUUUAGUGACUAAUGUGAAUUCUGUAUAUGACAUUAAAAAUAUGACAUUUUAAAAAUGGAGUCAGUGUCUGCAUCUGGAAAAAUUGUGUAUUUACAUCUA